GCAAUCCACUCAUAUCACUGGCAACACUACCCGCAACUCCAAAGCACCUCGAAAACUGAUAAGAUAAGUGCCCCAAUCGAAGCCAACCAAAGCUCCAUUGACUGAAAAAGAAGUCAAAUAGCAGUAUCGAAUCAGUCUAGCAAGUGGAUUAACCCCGCCGCCAUGAAAUUCCUGAGCAUUCUACUGGCCCUGUGCCUCAUUUUGGCCAUCGCCGUGUUGCCAAUUCGCAGCGAUGACGACGUGGAGGCGAAAAAUGAAUUCUGCCCCUGCCCCAGGAGCUUCGAUCCCGUUUGUGGCAGCAACCUUGUCACCUACCCCAAUCGCUGCGAAUUCGAUUGCAAGCGUCGAAAUGUGGAACGCCAGGGACGCAGCCUGGGACUCUUGAGAUCUGGAACUUGCUGAACUAAAACACCUUUAUACAACAAACCAAAGAAACGUCAAGGAAAAAUGAAAUCAAAUAAAAUAAGUGCCUUGUAUUAAUCAUCAAUGUGAAAUAUAUAGAAAUAAAUCCGCUUAUCAACCAGA